ACGCGCCUUGAGCUGUAGGCUUCUUUACAUUUACCCAUCUGUAAUCGAGAGCCCUACCUGGAUAUCAUGGGUCUUAUGCUGAAGCCCCCGCCAAACACGCCUGGAAAGGCAUGGCCAGCCAUUAUCAUUGGUCUUUUUGUCGCCUUCGGUGGUGUGCUCUUUGGAUAUGACACUGGUACCAUUUCUGGUAUCAUUGCCAUGGACUACUGGAAGAAGUCCUUCUCCACACAGCCCGACUUCAGCAUCACAGCCUCGGAGGAUUCACUAAUUGUCUCAAUCCUGUCGGCUGGUACCUUCUUCGGUGCUUUAACCGCUGCGCCAUUCGGUGAUUUCUUUGGCAGACGCUAUGGUCUCAUGAUCUCAGCCGGUUUCGUCUUCAACUUGGGCGUUAUUCUGCAGACUAUUUCAACCAGGCAGCCACUUUUUAUCGCUGGUCGCUUUUUCGCCGGUUACGGUGUUGGUCUUGUGUCUGCUCUGAUCCCCAUGUAUCAGAGUGAAACUUCACCCAAAUGGAUUCGUGGAACGAUUGUCGGAGCAUAUCAGCUCGCCAUUACCAUUGGCUUGUUCCUCGCAUCUAUUGUGAACAACGCAACCAAGGACCGUGACGACUCUGGAUCAUACCGUAUCCCUAUUGCUGUCCAAUUCGCCUGGUCGAUCAUCCUUGUGGUCGGACUAAUCUUCUUACCCGAGACCCCAAGAUAUCUCAUCAAAACCGAUCGUUAUGAUGAUGCGGCCAAGGCUUUGGGAAAACUUCGCCGUCUGCCAAUUGAUCAUCCAGCUGUCUUGGAAGAGCUGAACGAAGUCCAAGCUAACCAUCUCUACGAGAUGUCGCUGGGCAAGUCCACAUAUAUCGACUGCUUCAAGGGUACACUAGGAAAGCGUCUCAUCACCGGAUGCCUGCUCCAGUCGUUGCAGCAGCUGACUGGUGUCAACUUCAUCUUCUACUACGGAACACAAUACUUCCAACGCGCUGGUUUCAAGAACCCUUUCACAAUUCAGGUCAUCACCAACUGCGUCAACGUCGCGUCCACAUUCCCUGGUCUCUACGCCGUCGAACGCCUCGGUCGCCGCAACCUGCUCCUUCUAGGAGCCAUCGGUAUGUGCUUCUGCCAGUACAUUGUCGCCAUCGUCGGAACGGUAUCUGGUACAACAGAUCUCCCUGCCCAACGCACUGCUAUCGCAUUCGUGUGCAUCUACAUCUUCUUCUUCGCCAGCUCCUGGGGACCAGUCGCAUGGGUCGUCACUGGUGAACUAUACCCUCUCAAGGCCCGUGCCAAGUGCCUUUCCAUGACCACUGCCAGCAACUGGCUGCUUAACUGGGCCAUCGCAUACUCGACUCCGUACAUGGUCGAUGCAAAGCACGCAAACCUUCAGUCAAAGGUCUUCUUCAUCUGGGCUACCUUCUGCUUCGUCUGCAUUGCUUUUGUUUGGUUCAUGAUCUACGAGACAAAGGGCCUCUCUCUCGAACAAGUCGACGAACUCUACGGCGUAGUCACUCAGGCUUGGAAGAGUAAAUCUUUCCGCCCCACGGUCACUUUUGCCGAUAUCGACCAGAACGCUGGCCGCGGCAUGAGCUUGACUGAGGUUGCGCAGAACCAGGAGAGAAAGCGCAGUGUCCAGCAUGACGAGUCUGUCGUCGCGACUGAGACUCAGGAAGCAAAGUAUUAAGCGGUUUGAAAAAUGGCAUGUUUGUAUGAGGGAAUGAGGAUGGGAAUGAUGAGCAUGGUAUAUAGAUGAGGUGUGGGACGGUGACAUGAGUGGGAUGAUGGUAUUGGUAUGGUAAUGCUGAAUUGUUGUGUAGAUGUGUAAGUACAUGAACAUGUUUAAUCCAA